AUGUCGAUGGCAACUUUCAGUGGAAAACGGUACUUCGUGACAUUCAUUGAUGACAAGUCAAGAUACUGUGUCGUCUAUCUGCUCAAGAGCAAAUCUGAAGUUGCGGCGAAGUUCAUGGAAUACGCUGCGAUGGCCGAAACGCAAACCGGAAAGCGCGUGAAGUACCUUCAAAGCGACAAUGGGGGUGAAUACAAGUCCGACAAGCUGGCACGAUUCUGCGCGGAACGGGGAAUACAACAAAGGUUCACACCCCCAUAUACUCCUCAGCUAAACGGAGUAGCUGAGAGAAUGAAUCGCACGCUGGUCGAGUGUGCGCGUUGCAUGAUGGAACACGCUGGACUGGGAAAGAGCUACUGGGGUGAAGCAGUGAUGACGGCGAUGUUUCUUCGAAACCGCUGUCCAACACGUGCCAUUCACCAAGACAAGUCUCCAUAUCAAGUGUGGACGAUGAAGAAACCGAUUCUGGCCAACCUUAAAGUGUUUGGAUGCCACGCGUAUGUUCAAGUGCCUCAAGACAAACGCGCGAAGUUCGACUCCAAGUCAUCACUCUGUCGUUUCCUGGGAUACGCCGAACACCAGAAGUCAUAUCGAUUUGAGGAAGUGUCAACAGGAGCGAUCAAGAUCAGUCGCGAUGCCACAUUCAUGGAAGACAAGUUUGAUGAAGGUCCGCGCAACUACAACGAUGAGUCAAGUGUCGUUGAGUUUGAUGAUCAUGAUGAGGACGAAGAAAAAGAAGAAGGUAAAACUGACGACGACAUGGACUCGAGCGACGAUGACAACGAAGACACCAGGUCUUCGAAGAGCAACAUCAAGAGACACACGCGCACUCAAUCACUUGAGAAAGCUACCGUCAUUCCAAGUCCCAAGCGAAGAACAUACAGAGGUCCGUCGCUUGAGCAUGUGUCAGCGGCUGCAAUGGAUUUUGAAGCAGCCUACAUCGUUGAUUCAGUGGGGGAAACGCCGACUACAUUCAAGUCGGCGAUGGAAUCAAGCGACUCCGGCAAGUGGAAAGAAGCGUGUGACUCGGAGUUCGAUUCGCUUCAGAGAAACGACACGUGGGAAAUCGUGCCUCUUCCGAAAGGUCGCAAGGCCAUCGGGUGCCGAUGGGUUUUUUGUGUAAAGGAGAAUCAAGAUGGCGAAGUUGAACGUUUCAAGGCAAGACUUGUGGCCAAAGGAUUCUCACAGAAAUUCGGAGUUGACUAUGAAGAAACUUUCGCACCGGUGGCCAAGUUCACAUCGAUUCGUGUGGUGCUCAGUAUGGCGGCUAAGUACGGCCUAAUGCUACAUCAGAUGGACGUCAAGACAGCGUUUCUUAACGGCUCCCUCAACGAAGACAUCUACAUGGACCAGCCGGACGGAUACCUGGAUGCAACACAGCCGGACUAUGUGUGCAAGCUAAAGAGAUCACUCUACGGCUUGAAGCAAUCGCCUCGCAUGUGGAACCAAACAAUCGAUGGGUUCAUGAUCAAGAUGGGAUUCAAGAAGUGCGAAUCGGACCACUGCAUCUACAUCAAGCGAGACGACCAAGACAUGAUUCUCGUGGUGCUCUACGUCGAUGAUCUCAUCCUGGCCAGCAGCAACAACGAACUCCUCAAGUCAACCAAGAUGGCGCUGAGCAAACGCUUCGAAAUGACGGAUCUCGGUGAGCUCGAUUACUUUCUCGGCAUGGAGAUCAAGAACGACCGUAAGACGGGAAUGGUGACUGUACAACAAACCAAGUUUCUCAAGUCCGUGUUAACCAAGUUCGGAAUGGAUAACAGCAAGCCAGUGAAGACGCCUCAAGAUCCCGGCCUGAAGCUAACCAAGAACAUGUGUGAACAAGAAUGCAAGCACGAAGACACCAUGUGCAACGUGCCAUAUCGAAGUGCUGUCGGAGGCAUCAUGUAUCUCAUGGUCGCCACACGUCCGGAUCUAGCUGCUGCAGUGGGAUCAUUAUCCCAGUUCUCGUCCGACCCAUGCCCGACUCACUGGCAAGCUUUGAAGCGUGUGCUGAGAUACCUGCAAGCAACGCCCAAUCAUGGUCUUGAGUUUACACGUGAAGAAGGAAGCCGUAUCUGCGGGUACACCGACGCAGACUGGGCCGGCGACAUUGAGUCAAGACGAAGUACAAGCGGAUAUGUGUUCAUGAUGAGCGGAGGAUGCAUCAGCUGGAAAAGCCAGAAACAACGGACGGUCGCGCUAUCUUCAACAGAAGCAGAAUACAUGGCGCUUUCCGAAGCAACCAAAGAAGCAGUAUGGCUCAAAGUGCUUUUGAGGGAACUUGGUGAGAUGACAAGCGACGAAGCGAUCAAGAUGUAUGAAGACUGUUGA